AUGUCACCGCUUCUAGGAAGUUGGAAUGGUUUCAUGGAGUCAGCUCUUUACGCAUCUUCUCUCAAGAACAUCCUCUACGUCGAUGCUUACGACUCAUUCUCUUACAAUGUAGUCGCAAUGCUAGAGGAGACGCUCUGUGUCAGAGUCACUGUAAUGACUAUUGACUCCGAAUGGCCCAAUGGUAAUAUUAACGAAUUCUUGAGGCAUUUCGAAGCCAUUGUUCUUGGGCCUGGACCUGGAAACCCUAGCCUGCCUAAAGAUGUUGGUAUCAUGAAAGAUAUCUGGAAUCUUCGAGAUGCCGAGCUCCUCCCGGUAUUCGGCAUCUGCUUGGGAUUUCAAAGUCUGUGUCUUCAACAUGGCAUUCCGGUUGAGCGACUUCCAUACCCACUUCAUGGUCAAGUGCGUCAGGUUUCCACCAGCGCGCGGGAUAUUUUUGAGAAUCUACCGGCUAUAGAGGUCACACUCUAUCACUCGCUCUUUGCCAACGUCAAUGCUAUAAGACACCGAGAGCCCUUGUUAGUUGAUUUGGACUUUUUGGCUUGGUUACCAAUUGAGACAGAUUCUGGAUUGGACAUGCAGAUAUUAAUGGCAGCUCGUCAUCAGAAAAAGCCAUUCUGGGGUGUUCAGUUUCACCCGGAAUCGUGCAAGUCUGAGAAGUUUUCUUGUCAAAUCCUUCUGCAAAAUUGGUGGCGGGUGGCGUUAGCCUUUAACAAGGACUCUGGGCGUAAAGAACAUGGAUCUUUGCCCCAGACUACCAUCUGUCCCUAUGACGAUGUCGAAAUUUUCCCAGACCUUGCCUAUGAUAUGUUGAGCUGGAGUUCGUCGACUUCAACUCACUCAGAAUAUAGAUCCCUCAAACGUGAUAAUUUGACUGCGGAGAUUAUUUGCGAGGCAUUCAACAGGCCAGGUGCUCCGACUGUUGUCUUCCAGUCAAAUGGACGAUACAGCAUUAUUUCAGUUCCCAGCCCUGGCUCUUGGAGAUUAGAGUAUAGUGUUGAGUGCCAUAAGCUUACACUUGACCGACUAAACGCAGAUUACAAUACGUUAGAGAAACACGUCUCGGUGGGUCAGCUUUGGGAUGCACUUCGAUACUUGAUGGAUAUGAAGAAAGUCUACUCUGGUAGUGCGCAUAGCCCCUUCUGGGGAGGCUUCUUGGGCUACUUCUCCUACGAGCUGGGUCUCUCUGGUCUCCCUCAUUCCCGGGGGUCGGCACAACCGCCCGCCAACCACUCAAUAGGAAAUUCAUCCAACCCUUCUGUGAAAGAUCCACCAGAUGUCAGCCUAUUAUGGUCUGAAAGAAGCAUUAUUAUUGAUAGCGAGGCCGGCAGUGUUUUCGUCCAAUCAACUUGCGAAACAGACAACGCUCCAGCAGGAUGGCUUGAUGAUUCACUACAUGUUUUGCAAGCACUCUCUGGGAGUGCUGAAAUUGAUCAAACUGCUAAUAUCAAAUCUUUGAAUUCCAUACUUUGUCAAGGAGUCAUUGCGUUCCCCGAUGAGGCAGACUACAAAUUGAGAAUUGAAACCUGCAAGGCACAAUUGGAGGCCGGUGAAUCAUACGAGUUGUGUCUUACGGCCGAGACUUCUAUCACUUUGCCCCAUCCAGCGUCUGAGAUUGAUCGGGCCCUUUUUCCUUGGAGGCUAUACAAACGAUUGAAUAAGUUUAACCCCGCAGCAUUUGGUGGAUUCGCAAAUCUGGGACAAACAAAGAUCGUUAGCAGCAGCCCGGAAUGUUUUCUCAACUGGGAUCGCGAAUCAACUCUAGAGAUGAAGCCAAUGAAAGGUACUGUCCGAAAAUCUCCUGAAAUGACUAUGGAAAAAGCCAAGGAAAUUCUAUCAUCGACGAAAGAAAUGUCCGAAAACCUCAUGAUUGCCGAUCUGAUCCGGCACGAUCUAUAUGGCAUCUGCGGGUCUGGUGGUGUGCAUGUCGAGAAGUUACUCGAGGUAGCAGACUACGGCCGAGUUUACUCGAUGAUUACUCACAUCAAAGGCAAGAUUCGUCCAAAUAAUCCUGGAUACUCUGUCCGGCAUACACCUCAAUCGAAAUCCUCCAGCAUGGCCGUUCACGGGCUUACUACCUUACAGCGGUGUUUGCCCCCAGGCUCCAUGACUGGUGCCCCGAAGGAACGCUCUUGUAUGCAUCUUCAUGAAAUCGAGAGACGAAAUCGUGGGAUAUACUCUGGUGUCAUGGGUUACUUGGACUUGGGUGGAGGUGGGAGCUUCUCUGUUCUGAUUCGCAUGGCAUUUACUUGCUCUCCUGCCGAGGAAGAUUCACAACAAAUUUGGCGAAUUGGUGCUGGUGGUGCUAUCACCACUCUUAGUACAGCCGAGGGUGAAUGGCAAGAAAUGUUAACAAAGCUGGGUACAGUGGGCGAUAUCUUUGCUCCACUCGAUGCCAGAGAAUGA